GUCGCCGGGAACACAAGUUUUGUUAAUGAUUCAAAUCAGUGGUCAAAAUAAGAUUAAAAUUGAAUCAAAAGAAUUUUGUGCCUCUCGUGGCUGUGGAUCAGUCGAUGAUAUUCUUGGCACUAAUGAAAUGCUUGUAUUGAGUGCCCGACUCUGGAAUUUAACUGGACGUGCUAUCAAUGGUUUGAGUGAAGGCCUGUGCGUCGGGACUAAUUGUCCGCCAGAAGGGCCGGCAUUGUAUGAACUGGCCAUCGAUAGAGGUCUCAUCAUUUUAGGCGUCUCUGUAUUGAAAUUACGGGAAACACAGGACGAGCUGAGGGGCGAACUCAUGCCUCCCCACGACUGCGAUAAUGCGCUCGAAAUGCUUCCGUUAAACGACGAGUUCAACGAAGAGCUAAGACUUCUAUUACUUCUAUACAUAUCACGCGUUGAGAUGUCUUCAGGUCUCGAUGAAAGUGUUGAUGUACUCGAAAGAACUCGGAUCCGUAUAUUUUUUACCACAAUUAGGGACUUGACAUCCGGUCGUUUAUUUCGAGGACACGACAUCCAAAAGCAAUCAAUCCAUUCGCAAGUGUUUGGCAUAUAUUGUGCCGAAAGCGAGGAAUUGUUUGAAUCCAAAGACUUGAACGAAGACUCCAACGAAAUCGCGUCGUCGAUCACACUCUCGAGGUUUGGAUCCAAUGGUUGCGUUUGA